UCAUCAAUCUCCGCCAUAUUGAAUAAGGAAAUAAGAGUGGAAGAGGAGGAACGUCCCGCCCGGAUGCAUGUAAACAUCCACGUCAACAGAAAGGAUAUUAAUGAAACGCUCAUAAAGGCACGAGACAACACGUAUAUUGUCAUUCUAGACUCUGACGGAUGUAUAAUUAAAAGACUGCUGAACACGGUGGUGUUUUUGGCUCGUGCGAACAAUGACUUCACUAACGCAGAGAAACUCGGGCCUGGUGCAGAGACGGACCGAGGCCUCGCGUAACGCCGCCGCCGCCGAUAAGGAGAAGAUCGACGGCGAGGAUGAGUUCGAGUCUCGCCGCGGGGAGGAGGAGGACGAAGACAAGGGAGACUCCAAAGAGACACGGCUGACUUUGAUGGAGGAAGUCUUGCUGCUCGGACUGAAGGAUCGAGAGGGUUACACAUCAUUCUGGAAUGAUUGCAUAUCGUCUGGUCUGAGAGGGUGUAUGCUCAUUGAGCUAGCCAUAAGAGGACGCCUGCAACUGGAGGCUUCUGGCAUGAGGAGAAAAAGCUUGCUGACCAGAAAGGUAUUGUGUAAAUCGGAUGCCCCAACAGGAGACAUGCUGCUGGAUGAGGCACUGAAACAUGUUAAAGAAACUCAACCUCCAGAGACAGUCCAGAGCUGGGUUGAGUUGUUAAGUGGUGAAACUUGGAAUCCGUUGAAGCUGCACUACCAGUUACGAAACGUGCGCGAGCGCUUGGCUAAGAACUUGGUGGAGAAGGGUGUCCUUACCACAGAGAAGCAAAACUUCCUGCUCUUCGACAUGACCACCCACCCGCUCACCAACAACACCGUCAAGCAGCGGCUGGUGCGCAAGGUCCAGGAGGCCGUUCUAGAGAAAUGGGUGAACGAGCCCCAGCGGAUGGAUAAGCGUAUACUAGCGCUGCUGUUCCUGGCACAUUCCUCUGACGUCCUGGAGAACGCCUUCGCUCCUCUACUCGACGACCAGUACGAUCUGGCCAUGAAGAGGGUGCGGAUGCUGCUGGAUCUGGAACCUGAGGUCGAAGCUGCCAAGUCGGGCGCCAACGAGCUGCUGUGGGCUGUGGUGGCCGCUUUCACCAAAUGAGCCUCCAGAGGAGAGAGAAAGAGACUCAACUUUGUGCUCAUGGCAUUGGACUCAGACCACUGGUC